AUGAGGGCUAACUCAACUCAAAUAUCAAAUAGAAUGUUCAAGACGCAAAGAUUGGUGAUCUUGGUGAUAGUUGCCAUGUUUGGUCUUUUACUUAUAAUCACGUCGCUUGCUGGUCAUCAUGAAAAUGUCAUCAAUCAAGUCAAAACAUACACAAAUAAAGCCAGUGAUUCAUUAAGUGAUUUGUACAAAUCACUGAAUAAAUUACCCAGCCCUGAUUUAGGCGACGCUGAUUUGGAAAAACAGGCUGAAGCGCAAGAGGAAGCAGAUCGGUUGAAAGAAGAGGCAGCAUCGCAAAAACAGAAACAGGAUUAA